GGUACUUUGGUAAACAAGAGUUCAGCUUUUGGUAAGCAUGUGCGGCUCUUAUCCAAAGCCGGGCCAGACUCUGGUCCUGCUGUGCUGUCCCGUUGGAUCGCUGACAUGGAGUCGUUAUUCCAGGAAAUGCUGUCCUUCCGGGAUGUGGCCAUUGAUUUCUCUCCAGAAGAGAGGGAAUGCCUGGACCCUGCUCAGUGGAAUCUGUACAGGGAUGUGAUGCUGGAGAAUUACAGCCACCUUGAUUUCCUGGGUCUUGCUGUCGCUAAGCCAUACUUGGUCACAUUUCUGGAGCAAAACCAAGGGUCUUCAGGUGUGAAAAGCCACGCAGCAGCGGCCAUCCCUCUAGGAACACCAUGCAGUGAAUUUAACAAUCACAAUGAGGCCAUUGAUCACAGCUCUCUUAUGCAAUGCCAGAGAAUUCAUACAGGAGAGGAACCCUACUACUUUGAAGAAUGUGGUAAGGCCCUUAGUUCUCAGGCAGCACUUUCUAUACGCCAGAGACGUUAUAUUGGAGACAAACCCUACAAGUGUAAAGAGUGUCAUAAAACACUUAGCAGUCGCUCAUCACUUUUAAUACACCAGAAAUAUCAUACUGAUGAAAAAANCUACAAGUGUGAAAAAUGUGGCAAANNGUUUUUNCGUUCCUCANAUCUUCAGCAUCAUCAAAAAAUUCAUACUGGAGAGAAACCAUACAAAUGUGAAGAGUGUGACAAAGCCUUUCUUCAUCAUUCGUAUCUUAGGAAACACCAGGCAGUUCAUACUGGAGAGAAACCCUACAAGUGUGAAGAGUGUGGAAAUUCAUUUUACUAUCCUGCAAUGCUGAAGCAACAUCAAAGAAUUCAUUCUGGAGAGAAACCUGACAAGUGUGAAGAAUGUGGAAAGGUAUUUUCCUCUGCUUUCUUCCUUAACCAGCAUAAAGGAAAUGAUUCCAUAGAGAAAAGGUACAAAUGUCUAGAAUGUGGCAAAUCCUUUUGCUAUCGUUCAUAUCUUAGGGAACAUUACAGAAGGCAUUCUGGAGAUUAUCCCUACAAGUGUGAAGAAUGUGGCAAAGGGUUUUCCCGUUCUUCAAAGCUUCAGGAACAUCAAACAAUUCAUACAGGAGUUAAACCCUACAAGUGUGAAGAGUGUGGGAAGUGUUUUUCCUCUUUUACAUCCCUUAAAAGACAUCAAAUCAUCCAUUCUGAAGACACUCCCCAUGAGUGUGUAGAAUGUGGCAAAAGGUUUUCUAGUUCUUCCCGCCUUCAGGAACAUCAGAAAAUUCAUACUGAAGAGAAACCAUACAAAUGUGAAGAAUGUGACAAAGCCUUUCUUUAUCACUCGUUUCUUAGGAGACACAAAGCAGUUCACACUAGAGAGAAACCCUACAAGUGUGAAGAGUGUGGGAAAUGUUAUACCUCUUUUACAUCCCUGAAAAGACAUCAAACAAUCCAUUCUAUAGACACUCCUCAUGAGUGGGUAUAAUGUGGCAAAAGGUUAUCUUUUUCUGCAUGCCUUCUGGAACAUCAAAAAAUCAUAGAGGAAAGAAACCAUAUCAAUGUGAAAACUGUCACAAAGCCUUUAUCACUCAUUUUUUAGGAGACACAAGGCUGUUCAUACUGAAGAGAAGCCCCACAUGUGCAAAGGGUGUGGCAGAUGGUCUUCCUUUUCUUCAGCCCUUAGACAACAUCAAAUAAUUCAUUGUGAAGGCAGUCCCUACAAGUGUGGGGAAUGUGGCAGAGCCUUUUCUACACUGUCUACUCUUACAGAACACAAGUUAUUCAUCCUCUAGAGAAACUGUUGAAGUAGGAACAAUGUGGGAAAGCCUUCUGUUCUAAUUCUUUCCUGAUUUAAUACAAGGUGAGUCAUACUGAAGUGAAAUCUUACCCGUGUGAAGAAUGUAGGAAAAUGUUUGACUCUCCUUCACAACUGAGGAAACAAACAAACAAAAAAAUUCAGUGUUAAGAGAAAGCAUGGACGUGUAAUGGAUUUCGAAGAGCAUUCUCCAUUGACUGUUACCAGCAUACAGUAGUUCCUACUGGGGUGUAAUGCCACAAACGUGAAGAGUGGUAAAAUGUUUUACUCUAGAGUUUAAAUUCCAAAAUAUUCAUAAUGGAGAAAAACCAUACAAGUAUGAAGAAUGUCUCCUUGUGUCUACUUACCUCUGUGCACCCACUAAGUUAAUUAUUUUGAAAUGUUAAAUAUCUAUUAUCCACAAGCACAAAUGCUAUAAAUAUGAUCAGGUGACAGUNAAGAUGUAUCUUGGAUGAAAUCUCCCCACUACUCUAUAAACCAGUGGGAUUGGAAUANACCUAGAUUGAUAAUGUCUUUCUUCUGUGACUGUCAAUAUACCAUAAANCUGUUACCCAUCAUUGCUUAGGUUACCUGAAUCUAAGUACUGGACCAUGGUGUACUUACUGUUGUUUUCUCCAUGGAGACACCCAAGCGCCUGUAAUAACAUCUCUCAUGGGUUUUGUAGGAAGUUCCAUAAACUCACAUUUUUCAUCAAGUUUGACUUUGAUGAAAUGAUCUGUUUUGGUCCCAGACAGCCUGAGGUGAAUGAGAACUAGUGUUUGUCUUCCCAGUAAACCCCAAAAGAAGAGAUUGUCAGUUGUGUUUGGUUCCAGAAUAAAGACUCUCUGAUCUGCUUUAAGUUCAGAAAGUGUUAAUUGUGUGCGUGUGCGUGUGUGUGCUUGUGUGCUUGUAUGUGUCAGUACCUUCCCCAUUGCCAUAGCAAACUCUGGUACUUAAAUAAGGACAAAAGCCAAAUGCACUCACUGAGCAGAGAUGAAAGAUAUACUUAUUGUAUUUAUAAUGCCUAGAUGAACAUUAAGGCCUAGGUAAAAUGUUAAGGCUUAUGUAAUAUAUAAUGGCUAGCCUGCCAUUAUAAGAAAGCUAUCAUAAGUUUCUGCUAUGGCUACGAAACUUUCUAACAGGUGACUGAUUAAAUAUUCUUUUAUAUUCUCUGCCUUUGGAAACUAAUCGCUAUAGGAGACAGUGGAACUGUUUUGCAUACUUACCCACAAUAAGCUUGGAUCUGAACCAAC